CUCUUUCUCUCUCCCCGUCCAAUUCUUUGACUCGGCGAAGCCAGAAACCCUAGGCCGAUACCGCCAUGGAUUUUCCGGGGGUUCGAACCAGUAAUCCCUUCAUCAAUCAGCGAUCAGGGUCAGGUACAAUCCUCAGGAUCCGUCUCGAGAAUUUCAUGUGCCAUAGUAACCUCCAGAUUGAGUUUGGGGAAUGGGUCAAUUUCAUCACCGGCCAAAACGGAAGUGGCAAGAGCGCAAUAUUGACUGCUCUAUGUAUUGCAUUUGGCUGUCGUGCUAAAGGCACUCAACGAGCUUCCACAUUGAAGGAUUUCAUAAAAACUGGAUGCAGCUAUGCUCUCGUUCAUGUCGAAGUGAAAAACCAAGGAGAUGAUGCUUUCAAAUCUGGAAUAUAUGGUGACAUGAUAAUUAUUGAACGCAGGAUAUCUGAGUCUACUAGUUCUACUGUUCUCAAGGAUAAACUAGGAAGAAAAGUCUCUAGCCGAAAGGAGGAGCUCCGGGAACUAGUUGAACAUUUUAACAUUGAUGUUGAGAAUCCAUGUGUCAUAAUGAGUCAAGACAAGAGUCGGGAAUUUCUGCAUUCUGGAAAUGACAAAGAUAAAUUCAAGUUCUUUUUCAAGGCGACCCUUCUUCAACAAGUGAACGAUCUUCUGCAAAGUAUAUAUGAACAUUUGAAUGCUGCAAAUGCGCUUGUCAGCGAAUUGGAAGAAACAAUCAAACCGAUAGAAAGGGAACUCAGUGAGUUGUGUGGAAAGAUAAAGAGCAUGGAACAAGUCGAGGAAAUUACUCAACAAUUGCAGCAAUUGAAAAAGAAAUUGGCUUGGUCGUGGGUAUACGAUGUGGACAGGCAGCUGAAAGAACAAAAUGAGAAGAUUGUGAAGCUUAAGGAACGUGUACCCACUUGCCAAGCUAAAAUUGAUUGGGAACUGAGAAAAGUGGAGUCUUUGAGGGAACGCCUUACCAAGAAGAAAUCUCAAGUUGCAAAGCUGAUGGAUGAAUCAACUGCAAUGAAGAGAGAGAUUGAGUGUUUGCGGCAGUCUGCCAAGAUGGCUGCACGAGAGAAGAUUACACUAGAAGAAGAAUACAACCACAAUUCCAAGAACGUUCAAAAGAUUAAGGACCGUGUUACGAGACUUGAGAAGCAAAUCAAAGAUAUCAAUGAACAAGCCAUGAGAAGCACACAGGCUGAAGAAUCUGAAAUAGAGGAAAAACUAAGACAUUUGGCGCAGGAGGUUGAGAAGGCUGAGUCAGUGCUUUCCAGAUUGAAAGACGAAGAGAACAUCAUAAUGGAAAAAACAUCAGCUGUACGGAAGGAGAUGGAACAAACAGAGGAUACGAUUAGAGAUCAUGAAAAGAGGCAGAGAGAGAUAAAAUUUCAAAUUAACGAGAUGAGGAAACAUCAGACAAAUAAGGUGACUGCAUUUGGCGGGGAUAGAGUCAUUAAUCUUCUGCAAGCAAUUGAGAGACAUCACCACAAAUUCAGAAGUCCACCCAUUGGUCCGAUUGGUGCCCACGUGAUGUUGGUCAAUGGUAAUAAAUGGGCUCCUGCAGUUGAACUAGCCGUUGGAAACCUUCUAAAUGCUUUCAUUGUGACCAAUCAUAAAGAUUCUCUUGCUUUGAGAGGUUGUGCAAGAGAAGCAAACUAUAACAACCUAAGAAUUAUCAUCUAUGACUUUUCAAGACCAAGGUUAAAUAUACCAAGCCACAUGCUUCCCCAAACAGAGCACCCGACUGUCCUGUCUGUCUUACAUUCUGAUAAUCCUACUGUUCUCAAUGUCUUGGUGGAUCUGAGUGGUGUCGAGAGACAAGUGCUUGCCGAGAAUUAUGAGGUUGGAAAGGCAAUUGCCUUUGAGAAAAGACUCUCAAAUCUGAAAGAAGUUUUCACUCUUGACGGAUACCGAAUGUAUUCUCGUGGUCCAGUUCAGACAACCCUUCCGCCUCGUCCUCGAAAACCUACACGACUUUGUGCUUCUUUCGAAGACCAAAUAAAGGAUCUUGAAAGAGAGGUCUUAAAAGAACAGAAUGAGAUGCAUCAAUGCACGAGACAGAAGAGGGAUGCGAAAGAGAACCUAGAGGACCUUGAAUUGAAUUUUCGCAGACUGAAGAACCAACGUACCCAAGUAGAGAAAGAGUUGAUGACAAAGGAACUCGAAAUGCGGGAUCUGAAGAAUUCAGUCGCUGCUGAAGUCAAAACAUCACCUACUUCAAGUGUUAAUGAGCUUCAUCUAGAGACUAUUAAAGCCCAGGAGGAGCUAAUGGAGAAAGAAGCUGCUCUGGAAAAGCUUCAGAACCUCUUCAAAGAGGCUGAAAUAAAGGCCAAUGAACUUAGAUCUUCGUUUGAUAACUUAUGUGAGUCAGCAAAGGACGAAAUUAAUGCGUUUGAAGAGGCUGAAAAUGAAUUAAAGCGGAUAGAGAAAGAUCUACAAUCUGCAGAAGCGGAGAAGAUUCAUUACGAGAAGGUAAUGGAAAACAAGGUCCUACCCGAUAUUAAAGGGGCAGAGGCUGAAAAUGAAGAGCUUGCAAAGAAGAGAAGGGAGAGUCAAGGAAAGGCAUCCAUCAUUUGUCCUGAGUGUGAAAUAGAAUCUUUGGGUCAAUGGGAUGGGAGCACUCCUGAGCAACUUAGUGCUCAAAUUAACAGAAUGAGCCAGCGGCUUCAGCAAGAGAAUCAACGGUAUUCUGAAUCAAUCGAUGACCUGAGGAUGAUAUACGAGAAGAAAGAACGGAAGAUUGUGAAUAAACGCAAAUCUUACCAGGGCUUUCGAGCAAAACUCAAGGCCUGCGAAAAUGCUCUAAAUUUGCGAUGGAGCAAGUUCCAAAGGAAUGCAUCACUUCUGAAGCGUCAGUUAACUUGGCAAUUCAAUCAUCAUCUGGGAAAGAAAGGUAUCAGUGGACAGAUCAAAGUCAGUUAUGAAGAAAAAACGUUGUCCAUAGAGGUAAAGAUGCCUCAGGACGCUUCAAGCAAUAUUGUUCGAGAUACUAAAGGGCUUUCAGGUGGAGAACGCUCUUUCUCAACUCUGUGUUUUGCAUUGGCUCUUCACGAGAUGACAGAUGCUCCAUUUCGAGCGAUGGACGAGUUUGACGUGUUUAUGGAUGCCGUCAGCAGGAAAAUCAGCUUGGACGCUUUGGUAGAUUUUGCUUUAGCACAAGGAUCUCAAUGGAUCUUCAUCACCCCUCAUGAUAUCAGCAUGGUAAAGUCACAUGAGAGGAUAAAGAAGCAACAGAUGGCAGCACCUCGUUCUUGAGUAAACCUCCCUGGAGGAAGGAGGUCAGGAAAAAACUCUUUCCUACUUCCUGUUGCUGUAAUAUAUCUCUCGCGAGGUAAAACAACCAAGCCUGCUUCUUCUUGAUCACAUGCCCAUGACCGUGUCUCUUUCUUGCUAUGUUAUUCAGACCAGGACUUCCUCAGUUUUCUAGCAUAUAUAGCACUGAAGUUAAACACCAAAGCAGUUACUGCAAGUACGGAAGACACAAGAAAACAGGUCCUGAUGCAUCUCCAAGGCAUUUAGAUUCAUGCCCCAAGAGGUUUAGAACCGAGGGUAUGUAUCAGUUUAUGUAAUUUGAUUCGAUUCGAAUGUUUAUAAUGAUCUGAACCUCAGUUCGAUUGGAUUGUUUCAGUGUCUUAUGAGCUAAGAGUGAUGUUAGUCUUAUUCACUGUGUAUAUUUAGAUUUUUUGUAUUUAGACGGUCAGUCUGUGAGCUUGUACAUUAAGAGUUUUCAUCUACUUGGAUUUAGGUUUGGAGCUGCUCACCUUUUCCUUCA